GAAAAUAAUUUGUACACCCGUGAUAUCUCAAGAAGGCUGUGAACAGAAAUCUUGCCGCAGUUGCUCUUGUUUUGUAUGCGAAUGCUGAAUGUUGACAUUCAACAUGGCGGCAUGUCGUCAGUGCUGUGCUGUGUCGUGCUUGUGUAAUUGUUAGUUUAGGACAUUUUUGAAACCAACGCUCACUGUAAAUUCCACAUUUAAAAGCUGAAGAAGAAAACGAUAAUAUAGGAUUAUUGGAACGACACAACCACACUCAGCACGCAUUGAAGACAUCUGAGGAUUUUCAAGCCAACACUUAUCCUUUAAAUCUCCAAUGUUUUUGAUUUAUUCCUUUUAUAAAGGAUGACUGAUGUUUAAGAAAAAAACACGGUUGUUCUCGGACACGCUAAAUUGAGUAAUUAUCAAACAGUUGUUACGAUAUUAUUAAUGCAUACGCGUAUGGAAAGUAUUGAUGGUAUAUGAUGUGCUAAGAAUUUUCUACACAUAUUGAUUCGUAAUACCGAUAUUAACCGCAUCGUUCGUUUUUAUAUUGUGUACGCGACACACUUCACGAGAAGGAGUUAGGUACACCGCAUAAGUGAGCGUGAUUGUGAUUGCGGCUGAGAUUGUGCUGCUUCGCUCGGUUGAUGGGACACACGCAUCCACAUUCGGAGAGUGCCAAGUUCGCCCAGAGCAGCCCUGGUGCUUUUCGAUAAUAAUUCACGAUACUUAUCAAAAUACUUUUAUCACCUUCCUUCCCACUUGCUGGUCACAACACAAAAACUUGAAAGAAAGAAAAAAAGAGUCUGCAUUUCUGCAGCAUUUCAAAGAGCCUUUCUCCCUCCUCACUAAGUUCUCGUAACGUUGUAAUAGUAAACGAAGAUAUAAGGUACCAAGAACCAUUCUGUGAUAUCUAUGUUAACACUUAAAUAAUUGAAAAGACUAAAAUUUCUAAAUGUAAGUAUAUAUAUUGCGAAGAAGCAUAAGCGAAGUUAAAAGGAAUUAUCUAAUUGUUUCGACGAACAAGAAUUAAAGAAGAAGACGACGAAAAGGAAGAAAAAGAAAAAAAAACUUAUAAAUUAAACAGCGCAAAUUCGAAACGAUGUCCAACAAUCCUCAGUGGAAAACGUUCCAGCCGCCAAUCAUGAACUCUGACCCAGCAAUACUUGACUACAAGUCCAUGGCUAUACCAACCCCCAAGGUUGUAGGAGGAUCUCAUCAAUCGGCCACUAAUUAUCGAAAUGGCACCAGCUACAGCGGAGAUCACUUCAUGGACUCUCCUCCAAAGUGUGGCAAAAACUCCACUACUCCCUACGGCAGUUAUCCCGGUACACAAACAUCACCGCGUAACGGAGCAGCUCGAUUUCCAAUUGGUACCUUUACGGGAAUGGAAGGUGGUGUCGGCUACACGGGUGAACCGGCGACCAAUAAUUCCUCCUAUCAGGAUCAAUCGAACAAUCAAGGAACGCGUGAAACCGGCAUUAUUGAGAAAUUAUUGCACUCUUACGGAUUCAUUCAAUGCUGCGAAAGACAGGCGAGACUGUUCUUUCACUUCAGCCAAUUUAGUGGCAAUAUAGAACAUUUAAAAAUUGGUGACCCCGUGGAAUUUGAGAUGACCUACGACCGUCGAACCGGAAAGCCCAUUGCCAGUAUCGUUAGUAAGAUCGCACCAGAGGUGGUACUGAGCGAAGAGAGGGUUACCGGUAACGUAACUACGGAGCUACACGCUAGUGGAGAUUCCCAAGGGCGAAUUAGCUACGAGAACAGAGGCGAGUGUUUCUUUCUACCUUAUACCAAAGACGAUGUCGAAGGAAACGUCACUUUGCAUGCUGGAGAUAAGGUGUCAUUUCAAAUAGCAACAAACCAGCGUGGGAAUUUAGGUGCUUGUCACGUAAGACUCGAAAAUCCAGCACAUCCCGUACGUUAUCGUGGAGUGGUGUGCUCGAUGAAAGAAAACUUUGGUUUCAUCGAGCGUGCCGACGUUGUUAAGGAGAUUUUCUUCCACUUUAGCGAAGCUAAAUCAAUGAAAGAGGAACUGAGACUCGGAGACGAUGUCGAGUUCAUAAUACAGACAAGAAACAGAAAAGAAGUGGCGUGUAAUAUUACCAAACUGCCCCCUGGUUCUAUCAUCUUCGAAGAAGUCAGUAAUGAAGUGGUUAAAGGACAAGUACUAAAACCAUUGGAACGAGGAACUGCUGCACGUCAUCAAAGUGAUCCAUUGCCAGGUCGUAUUCGUUACAGAGCAGCUGAUCACUCUGAAAUCGAAGUGCCUUUCGGAGAUAAGGAUCAGAAGGGAGACUUCACAUUAAGGCACGGAGAUUGGGUUCAAUUUCGCAUCGCUACGGACACGAGAGAUCAAUUGAAAAGAGCCACCGAAAUAUCGUUAUUGCCCGAAUCAUUUACAGUGUCUGGCGAAAGGCGUGAGCAGGGCGUCAUCGCGGCUCUGAAAGACGGCUUUGGAUUCAUCCGAUGUGUUGAUCGGGAUGCUAGGCUGUUUUUUCAUUUUAAUGAAGUGCUGGAUGUUGACAGGGAGAUCAGUGUAACCGAUGAAGUGGAAUUCACGGUUAUUCAAGAUCCUUCCUCGUCAUUCUCAAACACUCGACAAAGCGCGAUCAGAUUAAAACAUCUGCCACCCGGUAGUGUUCAAUUUGAGACUAUAAUAGAAGCGAAUGUGCUGGGCAGUGUUAUCCAAGAUACUAAUAACAUCGAACCUGGUCUCAUUGGUUACCUUAAGGACGGCCAGCAGAAAAGUAUUAUUUUCUUUAAUAAAGAUUGCGACUCGAAAAACAUCCCACGACUUGGAGAUAAGGUUCAGUUUAGUAUCUGUCAAGUAAAGCGAAAUAAAGAGCUCGUUGCUGUCGACAUAUCCUUAGUAAGUCCUAGCGGUGAAAAAACACAAAAUGGAAAUAAGAAGCCAACUGGUCCAGUCUGUCAAGGCUUCAUCGCUGCUCUUAAAGAUGGAUUUGGUUUCAUUGAAACCGUCAAUCACGAUAAGGAAAUAUUUUUUCACUUCAGCAACUUCGACGGGGAUGCUACCACUCUUGAAUUAGGUGCCGACGUUGAGUGUACGAUUAGCUCAGGAAACGGUCGCACCAAUAAUGGCGGUUGUACUGCUGCUGAUUUCGUGCGUUCGGUACCUCGUGGUUCAAUUCCGAGGCCGUCGGUGGUCGGUGAACUCCUGGACGGGACUGUUAUCCGACCGCUACGUAGUGCGAAUCCUGAGCAACUAGAGUACGCCGGUCUAAUAAAAAUCAGUCCCACGAGCGAGGACGAGGAGACCCCGGAAUACGAAUUCGGGAUGAUGGGCCUUGUUAAUAAACGCGAACUGUUGCAAGUCGGCGAUCCUGUUCAGCUACAGGUGGAUUCCGCGGGUCAUGCUUGCAACAUUGUCGCCGUGCGCAAGAAGCGAAGAGCUACCGUGGAUGCUGUUAAAGGACCCUUCGGAUUUCUCACGUACGAGGUCGACGAAGGGAAGAAAUUGUUCUUCCACAUGAGCGAGGUCAAAGAUCACGCAACUCUUCAGCCUGGUGAUCAGGUUGAAUUUGUCUUAGUGACAAAUCAACGUACCGGAAAGUCAUCCGCAUGUAACGUGAUGCGUUUGAGUGACGCGGUACAACAGCGACCUGAACGUUUAAUAAGUCGGCUGCGUACCAUAUCUCUAGAGGAAACGGGCCCAAAACUUAUGGUCGUACGGCAGCCAAAGGGGCCUGAUGGAACGCGUGGAUUUGGCCAGGAAAGAACCCAGCACACGCCUGGCGCCAUCCAAGAGUAAUAUUGUAUCAUCUGAUAUGAUCAUUUAUUCAAAAUUGUAUUUACAUUACUUAUUUUUAGUCCAUGCACUUUCAAUGCCGAGAUUAUUAUUAUAAGCAUGAACAUACAACAUUUGCCAAAAUCAAGACUAAUGUGACAACAAUAAUAAUAAUAAUCGGUAAAUUGGACGAUAAAAUUAACGCGACGAACAACGAGCCAUUUUAUUAUCUCUGAAAAUGAUAGUGGUCAAAUCAAGUGGGGCGGGAAGGGUGGGAGGGGAACAGGAGAGCGGAGAGGGAGGGCAGUUAGUCCAAAAAUCACGAUUAACAAUUAAAGGGAAAAUCGACAUCUGUCUCCAUCGUAGUUGUUUUGUUGAUUCAUCUUUUUUUUCUCUUGUACAUCUCCCCGAAUACAUGACCACUCGUUCAAAUUAUUCUUUUUUGAUUGUAAAAAAAAACGUAGAUACUAUGAGGAUUGCAAUUUUUAAUUAUUAGGGGGUCUUGAAUGAUUUAGGCUUGUAAGUUAAAUGAAUAAAUGUAAGACGAAAAAGGGAGAAAAGAGGGGAAUUACAAAACGAAUUGCAAAAUAACUAGACGCUGGGCUAUCGGCUAAACGGCCUGUCCGCAUGUUCUGAGACAAUGUCCUGUUUGUCUUUAUAAAAAUAUACUUACAUGUUGAUACAAUCUUUAUUUAUAAUUAAUUUCUUUGGACUAUUUGUUCUACCCACAAUAUACACACACUAUACGCAGACUAGAUGUAUAAUAGGAGGAAGAAAAAGGGGAAAAACGAUAAAAAUAUAUAAUAAAUGAAAACAAGUCACAGAACACAGACACACGUUGUGUAUGUGUAUGAUCGAUUGAUUGAUCAUCCUUUUGCUGGUGGGAUGGGAAGAAAUAUAGUAGAAAACAAGGAAGAAGAAUAAGAAGAAGAUACGCGUGAUGGAUCGAUAAAAAUCUACAAUGAAAUUGCAUAAUGCCGAGGGUGAACGGAUAUGCGUCUUAUUAUAUAAAUUAUUGUACCGCGUCACUCUCUGUCAAUGAAAAUGUCUAUGAUUUUGUAAAGAAAUGAAAAAGAAAAAAGAAACCAUGAAGUUAAAACUGGCCAACUGUUUGUCCUAGAUAAUAUAUUAUAUAUAUAUAUAUAUAUAUAUAAAUAUAUAUAUAUAUAUGUCGUUCAGUUCCUGAUGCAGUCUCGUGUUGUCAAAUCAAAUUAGUAUUAUGGAUUCAGUGAAAUGAAACGGUGAAUUCAAUGAAUGAAAUUAUGAACUUAUCUAUAUAAAGACAUAAGAAAUUGCAUUUUAUAAGUUGCCACCGAUACUGUGAGCGGAAGUACACGUGGUAUUAUCUAGAAAUAAACGUGAAAAAAGGAGUAACAUAAUCACAUAAUACGUAACACAAGCACGAUACAAACUAAGCGCUUGUUCUAAGACCCAUAGAUCCAACAGAUCAUAUGCAUACAUACUGUAAAAUUAUUGGUGAAUAAACAUUGGAAGCAUCAGAAA